UGAGUGGUGGUGUAUAUAAAUGCAAUAUAUGAAUUUAGCUCGAUGUCAUACACUGAGAAAAGUAUUGUAGCAGACUCAACGCCGAUGACGGCUGCAGCAGUCUCAACAGCACAGCAGCUCGUCCAGAUCGCCAGCGUGUGUCAGAGUGUGCUGGCUUGCAGCUGGUGUGGGUCCCCCUGGCCAUGAUGUCACUGUGCUGGGACACGCCGCUGGUGCCACUGAUGCUGACGCUGAUGACCUGCGCGCUCGGUGACCUGGCGCUGCGGUUGACGGCCGCCGCCGGCCCGUGCUGGCCGCGAGCCGUUCUUGACUCGGCCACGCACGGCGUCGUGGCGCUGCUCUCCUGGGCGGCCGUCAGCUGGCCCGCAGUCAGCUGGCGCCUGGCUGCGGCCGCCGGUAUCGUCGGCGCCGGCAUCGACUUGGACCAUGUGCUGAUGGCGGGCAGCCUGGACAUCCACGACGUGGUGAACCUGCCGACGCGACCGCCCCUGCACGCUACCACGCCCUGGCUGAUGCUGGCAGCGCCCCUGGCGGCCGGCGCGCGCACCAGCUGGCGAACGGCGGCCGCGCUGCUGCUGACCGCCGCGCUCUCGCACCACGUGCGAGACGCCGAGCGGCGUGGCCUCUGGCUCUGGCCACUGGGCAGCACGCCGCCGCUGCCGACCGCGCUC